AUGUGGUACAAGGAUAUCCCCGUUAUGACUGUUGUUUGUGUGGCAACCCGACAGAACCCAAUCAAUGAUUCUCCUUGCUCAGAGAAGAACUAUCGAACUGGCCUAUGGAAUGGUCUUGGAUAUAGUGGUGCACCAGAGUUGAAACCCAACCCUUUAUUCAACUUUGAAUUUGUUUCAAACAAAGAUGAAGUUUACUAUAAUUGUUACCUCAAAAAUGAAUUUGCAAAAUCAAGGGUAGUUGUGGACCAAACCAAUGGUUAUACUAGGAACCGCUAUGUUUGUAAUUCAGGGACUCAAAGUUGGGAAGUAUUUAUGUCAGAGCCCAGAGAUAACUGUGAUAGAGAUGAUCUCUGUGGUGCCUAUGGAAAUUGUAUCAUUGGAGAAUCCCCUGUUUGCAAAUGUUUAAAGGGUUUUAAACUAAAAGGAAACUUCAUGGAUUGUUGGAAUCUCAAGGAAUGCAAAGCAAGAUGCUUAGACAAUUGUUCUUGUACUGCUUAUAUGAAUGCUAAUAUCUGUGGAGGAGGUAGUGGCUGUUUCAAGUGGUUUAGAGACUUGAAUGAUAUUAGAGAGUUUCAAGAUAGUGGAGGAGGUAGUGACUGUUUCAAGUGGUUUGGAGACUUGAAUGAUAUUAGAGAGUUUCAAGAUGGUGGGCAAGAUCUCUGUGUUCGAAUGCAUGCUUCAGAAUUAGUUGUAUGCUGUGCCAAUAUUAAAUGUGAAGGUGCAAAUGGUGAGGAUGAGGUUAAGAUAGCUCUGGAGGGUACACUAGAAGAUGGCCAAGAAAUUGAUGUGAAAAAGCUUGCCUGGGGUUCACGACAAGGAGAGAAUGAAUUCAAAAAUGAGUUAUUUGAGUUGUGA